ACUCCCUCUACACUCACACUCAGACCCCCUCUACACUCACACUCAGACCUCCCUCUACACUCACACUCAGACAUCCCUCUACACUCACACUCAGACCUCCCUCUACACUCACACUCAGACCUCCCUCUACACUCACACUCAGACCUCCCUCUACACUCACACUGAGACAUCCCUCUACACUCACACUCAGACCUCCCUCUACACCCACACUCAGACAUCCCUCUACACUCACACUCAGACCUCCCUCUACACUCACACUCAGACAUCCCUCUACACUCACACUGAGACCUCCCUCUACACUCACACUGAGAUCUCCCUCUACACUCACACUCAGACCUCCCUCUACACUCACACUCAGACAUCCCUCUACACUCACACUCAGACCUCCCUCUACACCCACACUCAGACAUCCCUCUACACUCACACUCAGACCUCCCUCUACACCCACACUCAGACCUCCCUCUACACUCACACUCAGACCUCCCUCUACACUCACACUGAGACAUCCCUCUACACCCACACUGAGACCUCCCUCUACACUCACACUGAGACCUCCCUCUACACCCACACUGAGACCUCCCUCUACACCCACACUGAGAUCUCUCUCUACACUCACACUAAGACCUCCCUCUACACCCACACUGAGACCUCCCUCUACACCCACACUGAGACCUCCCUCUACACUCACACUCAGACCUCCCUCUACACUCACAGUCAGACCUCCCUCUACACUCAAACUCAGAACUCCCUCUACACUCACACUCAGACCUCCCUCUACACCCAAACUGAGACCUCCCUCUACCCUCACACUGAGACCUCCCUCUACACUCACACUGAGACCUCCCUCUACACUCACACUCUGA